AUACACAGCCUGUUCAAUCCUCCUAGCUCCCCCCAUAUAAGUUAACCUGGUACCAUGGCACUUAGAUCCAUAUAGCCACUUUUCAUUGUCCUCUAGUGGGAUCAUGUCCAACAUGACAAGUUCCCAAGGAAUAGGCCUCUCUUUCAUCAUGCUUAUGAUCAUUGGCAUGGUUAAUGGCAGAUGGCUAGAAGUUGACAAUCUUUCAACUUCGAUGAUCUCAGAUGGGCUUCAUGAUCAGGCUUUAGAAAACCCUCCUAAUCUUCAUAUGGUAGUUUCUAAUUCCUCAGAGUCCACCAUAACACUGUAUGCUGAAAAGAGGUGUCAAAGCAUCUACGGGUUCUUGCCAUGUGGAGAUACGAUUCAAGAAGGGGUGUUCCUGAUGCUUAUGUAUACGUAUUUGAUGAUGUUGGGGGAGGAAUGGAUACAUAAAGGAAGUGAAGCUUUGUUUGUGUUGCUCGGAGAUAAGGCGAUCGGUGCUAGUGUUUUCCGGGUGCUUAUGGCUUUGCCACGAAUCGUCAUUGUUAUUGUCUCUGGUGUUCUUGCUACUGCAUCAGAUGCCCAAAACCAAGUGGCUUUUGGGGUAGGCAUGUAUGCAGGAUCCACUGUCAUUACUCUCACGCUUAUAUGGGGAUUUCGCAUCAUAUUAAGUCGAGAUAAGCUUCGUGGAAAGGAAUCAACCCCAGAAUGUGAACAUCAACAAGACUCCACAACAAAAUGUUUCUCUCUCAACCAGAUUGUUUCGGUUUUGAAUGAUACUGGUGUUAAUAUUGAUGACGAGACUGGAAGCUUAGCUGUAAUCAUGCUUCUAUCAAUGAUUCCAUUUGCCACUGUACAACUAGCCACUUUAAUGAAGAUUCCUGGUUCAAUACUAUUGGGACUUAUUGUAUCAAGUGCGUCACUACUCUUAUGCUUUGCUCAUCAGCUCUGGAAUCCAUGGAUUCAGGCGAGGAGUUUGGCAUACUUAAAGCAAGAGCACUUGCGAGCCCGCUUUUUCUAUCAUGUCCAGAGGCUUGCAGAAGAUGAUCUUAUUGAUGAGCAUGGAAAACCAAAUCUUAAGGCCUUUGAAAGUAUUUUUACAAGAGCUGAUACUGAUAAUGAUGGCCACAUAUCAGAAGAUGAAUUGGAACAUUUGAUCCAAGAAGUGUUUGCUUUGGAAAAAGAUCAAAUAUCCAAGGAGUAUGCUAACGCAGAGAUUUUGACACACUUCGACAGUGACAAAAGUGGUAAAAUCAAUCUCUCAGAAUUCAAAAAGGGAUGCACCAAGUGGUUGGAAAAAUGGAAGAAUGUGGCAAAUAACUCUGAUACAGUUUCUAAAAAUCUCUGGAAGCAGGUUGAGAAAGUAGCAAUAAAAAGCAAGCGUGCCAAUCUCACAAAAAUUGAGAAAAUCAUGCCGAGAAUCUUGAAGCAAGUCCUUGAGAAACAUCAACUUGUGACAGAAGAUGGAAAAGCGGACAGAAAAAAGAUAGAAGGGUUAUUUUCUAAGUAUGAUGAAGAUAGUAACCAAGAAAUACAACGAAAAGAGUUGCAACAGUUCAUUGAGACUCUACACUUCGGUGUAUCAUUGGAUCAUGAUACAGUCUUGCAAGAGGUAGUAAAUGACUUUGAUAGUGAUGGCAAUAGUUCAAUCCAGAAAAAAGAAUUUGUAGAUGGAUUCGUUAGAUGGAUAGAAAAAGCCAUUAAUCAUGAUCCAAGUAUCAAAGAUCCAAAACAUGCAAUAGCAAAGUUUGAAGAGGAUUCUUGGGGUGAAAUUGACGCACCUAUGAAAAUGGGAAGACCUAAAGCAGUUAUCUUGUAUGUUGUAUUCGGUGUUGGUAUCAUAUAUUUAAUUUCAGGAGCAUUCAUACAAAGUGUUAUACAGUUCUCAAAUGCGGCUCACAUACCUUUUCUCUUCACUUCAUUUGUUAUGGCCCCACUUUCCAUGAACACUAAAAUGAUAAUAAUGGCACUCCUUGAUGCUGGACCACGUGUUACAAAGAAUGCUUCUUUGACAUUUUCAGAGAUUUACAAUGGACUAGUAAUGAAUAACCUCCUGGGGUUGACAACAUUGCUUGUUACUGUAUAUAUUAAGGGAUUAUCGUGGAGCUACUCUGCCGAGGUGCUAACAAUCAUGAUACCUUGCAUAAUUAUUGGCUUAUUCGCCUUCAACCGUGACACAUACCCUCUUUGGGUGUCCAUCUCUGCAAUGCUUUUUUACCCAGUCUCCAUUUACCUGUAUUAUGUUUUUGAACAUUAA